CAUUACAUAAACCAAAACACAAACAUCUCCACUCCCCUCUAGUACUACUCCACUAUCUAUAAUUUAUUUUAUUUCUAGAGAACUUUUCUUUUUUUUUUUUUAUAAUCAUGAGCUGUUUGCAGAGUUGGCCUGAACCGAUUGUCCGAGUCCAAUCCUUAUCGGACAGUGGCAUCCAGAUUAUCCCGGACCGCUACGUGAAAAAGCCCACAGACAGGCCUUCACUGUCACUCACCGCUCCAAUGGCGGCUAAUCACACUAAUAUUCCUGUUAUUGAUCUCCGGAACUUGUUUUCUGAGGAGCCUGCGUUACGGGCCGCCACGGUGGCUGCCGUGGGCAAGGCAUGCAAGGAGUGGGGGUUUUUUCAGGCGGUGAACCAUGGCGUUAGUCACCGGCUAAUGGCGGACACUCGGGAAGCAUGGAGGAGUUUUUUUCACCUUCCGGUGGAAGAGAAACUAGCGUAUGCGAAUACGCCGACGACGUAUGAAGGGUACGGUAGUCGGCUUGGAGUGGAGAAAGGAGCCAUAUUGGAUUGGAGUGACUAUUUUUUUCUUCAUUAUCUUCCUACUAAUCUCAGGGACCUCAAUAAGUGGCCCAAGUUUCCCACCUCUUGUUGUGAAUUGGUGGAGGAGUACAACUCCGAACUGGCCAAACUUGCUGAAAAACUGAUGAAGGUACUAUCCGCGAACCUCGGGCUCCAAGAAAACCAGCUGCAACAAGCCUUAGGAGGAGAAGAGGUUGGUGCUUCUCUGAGGGUGAACUUCUACCCCAAAUGCCCCCAACCAGACCUCACUCUCGGCCUCUCGCCGCACUCGGACCCCGGCGCCUUGACGCUCCUCCUGGCCGACAAUAACGUAUCGGGUCUGCAGGUUCGAAAAGGUGAAAACUGGAUCACUGUGAAGCCAGUCCCGAAUGCCAUCAUUGUCAAUGUUGGUGACCAAGUUCAGGUAGUAAGUAAUGGAAAUUACAAGAGUGUGGAGCACAGGGUGAUAGUCAAUUCAGCUGCAGAACGAGUUUCUCUUGCUUUCUUCUACAAUCCCAAGGGAGAUAAAUUGAUUCAGCCUAUUAAGGAGCUCGUGACAGAGAACUCUCCUUUAUAUCUUCCCAUGACUUUUAAUGAAUACAGAACUUAUAUCAGGACAAGGGGACCUUCUGGAAAAUCUCAGGUCGAUUCACUCAAGUCGCCGCGAUGAUGAUUAAGCAAACAUUAUUCAGCUCUAAUUACUAUGCUUAAGUUAGUUAAAUAAACAGAUGCAGUGAGACUGAUUCAUUCGGAACUGCUUGCAGCUAUAUAUAUCUGUCUUAGUAUGUAUCAUAAAUGUCUUGUGUAUGGUGUUUUUUCUUAAUGAUAAGUUACCUGCCGUACCGGUCUAUUAGACAUGUUAUGAUUACUGGAAUCUUCAAGAGUUAGCAGAAAGAAGAGGAUAAUGUAUAUCUUGUAAUUUUCUUUAUAUUAUGAAGAUUCAUGAUCCUGUUGGGCUUA